AUGCUUAAACAAGAACAAUUAUCAACUUCUCCAAUAAGUUAUCAUGAUCAUGCUGGACAUGAUCAUCAUCACAGUCAUAGUCAUGGUGAUUUUGAUCAUGAAGAAUCACCAUUUACAUUAAAUAAAGAAUCAAAUUUAAAAGAUUAUUUAUAUAAUAAUAGAUUAUGGGCUGAAAAAAUGAAUGAAACAAAACCAGGAUUAUUUGAAUCAAAUGGUAAAGGACAAAAUCCUCAUACCUUGUGGAUUGGUUGUUCAGAUUCAAGAUAUAAUGAAACAGUUUUAAAUAUUUCACCAGGUGAAGUUUUCACUUUUAAAAACAUUGCAAAUAUGAUUAGUAUUGAUGAUUUAACUACAGUAUCAACUUUGGAAUUUAGUAUAAAUGUCCUUAAAGUUAAAAAAAUUAUAAUAUGUGGUCAUACAGAUUGUGGUGGUAUUUGGAAUUCAUUAUCUUAUAAUGAUUUAGGUCCAACAAAUUCAAAUUUACAAAAUUAUUUAAAACAAAUUGAUGAAUUAAGAGAUUUAAAAAUUAAUGAAUUAAAUGAAAUUUCAAAUUUAAAAUUAAGAGCUAAAAAAUUAGCUGAAUUUAAUGUUUUAAAACAAUUAGAUAUCUUAAAAAGACAAAAACCUGUUAUAAAUGCAGUUGCAAAAGGUGAAUUAGAAAUUUGGGGAUUAAUGUAUAAUGUUGAUAGUGGGUUUUUAGAAGUUAUUGAACAAUAG